AGCAACGGUGUUAGCCCUGUAUCGCGGACCCCACUGACACGUGACGGCCCGCGAUUGGUUUGUUUUUAAUUUUUUUUUUAAAUCAGAGAAAAAACUUUAAAAAAACUAAAAAAAUUAAACACCCCAAAUGGGGUGCUAAGGUUAUUGGUGAUCUUAGGGUUAAUGGUGGUCUUAGGGUUAAUGGUGCUCUUAGCAUCUCUACUUGCUUAAAAAAAAAUCUCUAUUCCCCCUGUCAAAUAUAUAUUUUGUUUUCUUACCUCUUUGAUAUUGACAUGGCUGGUCUCGAUCUAGGCUCAACCUCUCGUUACGUCCACAACGUCGGCCAAUUCUCCACCGACAAUCACCGCGAAGAUGACGGUGGCGCUGGAGGAAACCACCAUCAUCAAGGUUUAGAAUUAAUAGUAUCUACUGACAACUCUGGACUAGGCGGUGGCGGAGGAGGAGGAAGCGGGGACCUCGUUAUGCGGCGGCCACGUGGCCGUCCAGCUGGAUCAAAGAACAAACCGAAACCUCCUACGAUCGUCACGCGCGAGAGCGCUAACACUCUUAGGGCUCACAUUCUCGAAGUGGGAAGUGGCUUCGACGUUUUCGAGUGCAUCUCCACUUACGCGCGGCGGAGACAGCGAGGGAUCUGUGUUAUGUCCGGAACCGGAACCGUCACUAACGUCAGCAUCCGUCAGCCGACAGCGGUCGGAGCUGUUGUGACUUUGCGUGGCACUUUCGAGAUUCUUUCCCUCUCUGGAUCUUUUCUUCCGCCGCCUGCUCCUCCAGGAGCGACUAGCUUGACGAUAUUCCUAGCCGGAGCUCAGGGACAGGUCGUUGGAGGUAACGUUGUUGGAGAAUUGAUGGCGGCGGGGCCGGUGAUGGUCAUGGCGGCUUCUUUCACGAACGUGGCUUAUGAAAGGUUGCCUUUAGACGAGCAUGAAGAGCAGUUACUGGUCCAAAGCGGCGGUGGAGGCGGAGGAAAUAUUUACUCGGAAGCCACAGGGGGUGGCGGUGGAUUGCCGUUCUACAGUUUACCGAUGAGUUUGCCUCAUAUGGGAGGUGAACAUUGGCCGGGGAAUUCUGCCGGCACCGGUAGGGCUCCGUUUUAGCUUCUGUUUUUAAAAAGUUUCAAUUUGUUUUCUUUUUUCCUCUUUUAUUUUCACGGAAUUUAUGGAGUUGUGAUUUUUUUUCUUACAUAUCAAUUGUUCAUGUUGUUAAACAAAAAUCAAUUGUUCAUGUAUUGAUCCUUGAGUACAUGUACUUUUAGUUUUUA